AUGUCUGACGUUAUAUUUGAUGACAUGUUUAUGGUGAAGAACAUUGAUCCCGAUGGCAAGAAGUUUGACAGAUGCUCUCGGCUUUUCUGCGAUUCGGAAUCAUUCAGUAUGGAACUUAUAUUGGACGUGAACACCCAAAUUUAUCCAAUCAAUCUCAAUGAUAAGUUCCGCUUGAUGAUCACUACUUCUGUUCGCGAUGACGGUAUGCCUGAUGAGGGAGAGUUUGACCCACUGGUCCGUUUCUUUACCUUU